AUGACAGUAUCCAAUACUACGACCAUGGUGCAACAGCCUUCCACUCAGACCCCGACGAGGCGGAGGUGCAGACGAGAAGGCGCCAAGUGGACACGGUCUGGCUGCUUGACAUGCAAGCGUCGUCGGAAGCGGUGUGAUGAAGCGAAGCCCUGCUGUCAUAGUUGCGCCAGGUUGGGCUUGAAAUGUGAGGGCUAUGGCUCAAUGUGGGCAGAGCCUCUAGACCCAUCAGCAAAUGUCUUCAGCCAGUUUAAAGCACCGAAACGGCGUCGAGUUAAGCUCUGGUUGUCCCCGAGCUCCCCAGUCUCGAGCAGUCUAUCAACAGCGCCAACAACUCCGACCGAAUCUGACAACAGCAGUCUAUACUCUUGGAACAAUGAGAACAAUGAAUAUGAAGACAAACAGGUUACCGUACCUGAAAUUGACUCCUGCUAUGCACUCACCGUGGCUUCACCCAUGCCAAGUAGGUACUUCAGUCAUCUUUCGCAUCACGAUACGCACUAUCUCCAGUAUCACACCGAGCUGGGCUCCAAGCUACUAGCCAACCUUGAGAGUAUCGACAACCCCCUUCGAUCGUUUCUCAUACCCCGAGCCCUAUCAUCGCCUCUUCUGAUGAAAGCUUUGUGUGCGGUAUCGGCAACACAUUUUGCAAAUCGUUCCCGAGACAAAGAAGAGGCCCAAACAGCCGCGACGGACUACUACGUUCAAACGCUGAGUGGACUGCAGUCAACAAUUGCCAAAUAUUCAGCGCGGACCCUUCCCGAUGAGGCCAUUCUGGCGGUAGCCAUGCUUUGCAAGUACGAAAUCGUACGCGGAAGCGUUCAACAGUGGACCGCGCAUCUGAACGCCCUGCAAGAGCUCAUAGUGGCUCGCGGUGGAGUUGAUGUUCUGAAAGAUGACAUGAGGGAAUUCCUAAGCGGCUUCUACAUCUAUGCCUAUAACAUGGCUAGAAUCAGCAACCGCAAGCACAUCAACUACGACCUUGAUAUAGGCAACGUCAAAAUCUCCAAGCUCGACAUCUACAUCGGCUACGCAGAAGACCUCAUUAAGAUAUGCGCCCGAAUAGCUGACCUCCCCACCCUAUCUCAAGACCCUGUAGCCUUGGACCUAGAGGUCCGCUUAAUCGACACAUCCCUUCGAGACUGGGCACCCACCAACACCGAGUAUAUCCUCCCACGGGGCAUAACCGAAUCGAACCUUAUCCGCCUGCGCAUGGUCGCCAACUGCUUCCGCGAUGCUGCGUACAUCUAUCUCCAUUCCACCCUAGAAAGAAUGAACCAGAGAACGGCACCACCAUUAUCACCACAAUUUGCUGCCCCAUUGCAAUUAACACUGCAUACGCCAUCCAAACCAGCACCAACACCAUCCAUCUCCCUCCCUCGAUCAAGUGCACUACAUCAGCUCUUGUCCAGACUCAGGGAAUUCCCACUCGACGAGCACUGCGAAUACUCUGCACUUACAUUCCCACUCUUCAUUGCUGGCUGCGAGAGCAAACAUCCCUCAGACCAAACGCUCAUCAUACAGUCAUUGGAUAAACUAGAGGCGAACUUUGGCAUCGGCAAUGUGAGAAGAGCAAAAGAGAUGUUGAGUAUCCUCUGGGCGGGAGAAGGGGAUGUGCAUUGGCUAGAUAUGUUGGAGCGGUUACAGUGGGACUUGAUUCUUGCUUAG